AUGUCCACUAUCUACAACGACGACGAGCUUCUCCUGGCUCGGAUUGGAUACAAACAGGAACUGAAACGAGAAUUCUCAAAAUGGUCUACCGUUUCAUACGCCAUCUCCAUUCUGGGGAUUCUAGGCUCCGUGCCCGCCACUAUCGGCGCCCCUUUGGCCGCAGGAGGACCCGCGACAGCAGUAUGGUGCUGGUUCAUAGGUUCCUGCAUGGCCCUAUGCAUUGGAAGCUCGGUGGCUGAGCUGGUCUCAGCCUAUCCCACGGCUGGGGGCAUGUAUUUCGUUACGAAGCAUGUGGUUCCAGAAGAGCAGGUGCCGAUGUUCUCCUGGGUGCAGGGUUGGUGCAACCUGCUCGGACAGACCGCUGGUGUAUCUAGCGUCGCCUAUACCGUCAGUCAGAUGUUGCUCGCUUGUGCCAGUAUGAAUUCGGAACUGGUGGAUGGCAAGUACUCGUAUUCGCCGACAGCAUUGGACACGGUACUUUUGUCCAUCGUGCUUCUAUGCGUGCUAGGAGUGAUCUGUUCAAUGACUACAAAGACUCUGCAUCGCCUCAUUCUCUGGUUUGCCCCGAUCAAUAUUUCCGCUACCAUUGUCAUUUGCCUUGCGCUGCUUUACUUUACGCCAAACAAACAACCAGCAAUCUGGGUCUUCACUCAUGUCACCGACGGUUCCGGAUGGGGCUCCAAGGUCUUCUCCUUCCUCCUUGGAUUCAUCUCAGUGGCAUGGACAAUGACCGACUACGACGGAACAACUCAUAUGUCUGAAGAAACUCACGACGCGGCGACUCUAGGACCCCUUGCAAUCCAGACAGCCGUCCUCGUAUCCGGUGCCAUGGGCUGGGUGCUAACCGUGUGCAUCUGCUUCUGUCUGACCGACUUCGAGGGCAUCAUGAGCACACCCACCGGCCUUCCAGCCGCGCAGGUCUUCCUCAACGCAGGCGGCAAAACUGGUGGGACGAUCAUGUGGGGAUUGGCGAUCCUGGUGCAGUUUUUCACUGGCUGUUCAGCCAUGCUGGCAGAUACCAGAAUGGCCUAUGCGUUUGCUAGAGAUGAGGCUCUGCCGUUCUCCUCGUACGUUGCCCAUACCUUUCGUUGGGAUCCACAAGACCAGAAGUCAUAA